AAAACGCGGAAAGAUUAGAAACAUAACGACUCGGUUUUUCUCAGACCGAGUCCGACCCGGGGGGCGAGCAAGGCCAACUCAGAAACCUUUUCUUCCUUUGCAAUUUACAGUUACAGACCAUUUAACCAUUUUUCCCGCACAAACAACACAGACACUGACACACUCUUCUCUCACUACACGAGUGAGUUAGUUAGAGAGAGAAAGAGAGAGAUUCAGUGUUGAGUUGCAGAGACGCAACGUGCUUUUUGCAUUGGCACAAUAUAACGGACACCAACACGCCGUUUUCGAGUCCCUUUCGUUUUUGGAUCCGUCACCGACGUCGUUUUCCUCUUUUCCAAUUAGUUGGUUGAGAAUCCCAAGACAGAGAGCUGGAGCCGCUACAAGAUCCCAAGCAAUUGAAGGCUCCGCCCGCCGCCGCCUCCUCCAACGGUCAGAUCCGGUACAGGUCGCCGUCCUCGGCUGAGCUCUUUGACGGCCAGGCCAGCAGCAAUUCCCCGCCCUCGCACGCCGCCGAUCAGCACUCGCAAGAGUUCGAGUCUAGCAAAAUGCUGAAGCGCAUCGGCCGCCAGGAGUCACUCGCCGACAAGAUCUACCGGUUCCGAGGGACUCUGCUUGUUAUAGCGAUCCCACUUCUUCUCAUUGUGUUCGUCCUUUACGUCAUGCCGUCCAGCACCUCCAACGAGUCUGCCGGAGACUACGCUCUCGUCAACCGCAAAAUGUCCCCCAACAAGAAAUCCGGAGGCUCCUACGCCGUCAUCUUUGACGCCGGCAGCUCCGGCAGCCGUGUCCACGUCUUCCAUUUCGAUCAAAACCUAGAUCUCGUUCACAUUGGCAAAGAUCUCGAGCUUUUCGUUCAGCUUAAACCGGGUUUGAGUGCGUACGCUCAAGAUCCGAAAAAGGCAGCAGAAUCUUUGGUUCCGCUUCUGGAUAAAGCUGAGAGUGUUGUUCCUCGUGAAUUGCGAUCCAAGACAAUAGUUCGAGUUGGGGCAACUGCGGGAUUGAGGGCAUUGGAAGGAGAUGCAUCAGAUAGGAUCUUGCAAGCGGUAAGGGAUUUGCUUAAGGACAAGAGUAGCCUGAAAUCUGAAACUGAUGGAGUUACAGUGCUGGAUGGAACACAAGAAGGUGCUUAUCAAUGGGUGACGAUCAACUAUCUAUUGGGAAAUUUGGGAAAAGAUUAUUCAAAGACUGUCGGAGUUGUUGAUCUUGGUGGUGGAUCUGUUCAAAUGGCUUAUGCCAUCUCAGAGACAGAGGCUGCCAUGGCUCCGAAAGUAGCAGAUGGAGAGGAUCCAUAUGUCAGAGAGAUGUUCCUGAGGGGAAGGAAAUACUACGUCUAUGUUCACAGUUACCUGCGCUAUGGUUUACUAGCUGCUCGUGCAGAGAUUUUAAAGGUUACUGAUGAUGCUGAAAACCCUUGUAUCUUAUCUGGCUAUGAUGGGUCCUAUCCGUAUGGGGGAAAGUCGUUUAAGGCUUCAUCUUCCUCAUCAGGAGCAAACAUAAAUGAAUGCAAAAGUGUUGCUCUUAAGGCUCUCAAAGUUAACGAGAAAACAUGUACACAUAUGAAGUGUACUUUUGGUGGAAUAUGGAAUGGUGGAGGGGGGGAUGGGCAGAAGAAUCUUUUUGUUGCGUCUUUUUUCUUUGACCGCGCUGCUGAGGCUGGUUUUGCUGAUCCAAACUUGCCAGUUGCGAUAGUUCGUCCAGCAGAUUUUGAGGAUGCAGCUAAGCGAGCAUGUCAAACAAAACUUGAGAAUGCGAAAUCAACUUAUCCAAAUGUUGAGGAGGGGAACCUUCCUUAUCUUUGCAUGGAUCUCGUAUACCAGUAUACACUGCUUGUUGAUGGGUUUGGCAUAUAUCCAUGGCAAGAAGUUACAUUGGUGAAGAAAGUUAAAUAUGAUGAUGCCCUCGUUGAGGCAGCAUGGCCCCUUGGCAGCGCCAUUGAAGCUGUAUCAUCUACGUAGUGUCACUGGAAUCACCACUUAGAUUACUCAUCAGACAUCUAGGGAAACAUUAGUUUCAUCACUGGGAUAUUGUGGUGAAAUAGUGUCGUUCAAGAUGAUCAGAGAUUAACUUUCAGGCUGAAUUGAGAUUGGAUAUGGAUCUGUGAUUCAGAAAUAAUGGGAGAUCAUAUCUUCAUUAUUUUUCAUAUGUAAUUAAUUACAAACAUAUCUGAUUUAAGAUUUUGGAAGAUUCAUUCGAUUCGUUAAGUGCAUCUAAAUACGUUGUUGUCUUAAGAGACGAACAAAAUGGUGAUGCUAUAACACCAUUUCAUUUUUGUUUCUAUAAAUGGUUCCAUUCGUGAUGAUAUAGUUAAAUCCUUUCUUUUUAUUUAA